AUGUCGAAAGAUAUUGCUUCCAUGAGAGAAAUACAACACAACCGACAACUCAUUAUGCAAGCUCUAAAUAAGAACACAACAAACUUUUCAAACUAUUCUAAGAUAUCUGAGUCAUUGAAAGAAGGAAACUUAAAACUGACAUUAAACCCAAUGACAGAUGAGUUUCUGUUUCAAGACAAUAAGAACCAUACUGUCUGUAUAAAUCCAACAAAAGGAACUUUAAACGAGAAACCUAUAAAUGAACUUCUUUUGAAAGCAGAUGUUGACAACAAAGCUGACAAAGAAUAUGUAGACGAUGCAAUAGCAAAAGAAGAAGAAAGAGCUGAAAACGAAUAUUCUAAAAAGACUCAUAUACACUCUAUAUCUGAUAUUACAAACUUACAAGAAACCUUAAACAGGAAAAGUGACGUUGGACAUACACAUACCAUUGCAAAUAUUACAAACUUACAAGAAACAUUAGAGACAAAAGCAAAUAAGACUCAUACACAUUCUAUAUCUGAUAUUACAAACUUACAAGAAACAUUAGAGACAAAAGCAAAUAAGACUCAUACACAUUCUAUAUCUGAUAUUACAAACUUACAAGAAACCUUAAACA